GGGCUCUCCCACUCCUUGGAAUCGUUCGCUUCGAAGCUGCCGACAGUCAAUAACAUUGAAAGCUGAUUGAAUAAUAUUAACCGGCUUAUGUUCAGUAAGAACGUAUCAAUGGGAGCCUAUAACGAACGUAUUUACAAAGGCUAACGACGGUGUAGUAAGCACUGGAUUUUAGUUUCCCCACUGGAGAUAAAAGGAUACUAGAAGACUCUUCUGCAUAAUUGUGUCCUGUCUUCUGCGAGGUAUCCCGACAACCAUCGAUACUUCGUUGAUCAAUCACCAUGGAAGGCGAAGGAAAGGGGUUGACGCUCCAGCUGAUGAUGGCAGUGGGAACAGCUGUGAUUGGCUCGCUGCAGUUUGGCUACAACACAGGGGUCAUCAAUGCUCCCCAAAAGAUCAUUGAAGGCUUCCUGAAUGACACGUGGAACAGCAGGUACUCUGAGCCCAUCCCUACUACUUCCCUGACCACCCUGUGGUCCAUAUCCGUGGCCAUCUUCUCUGUUGGGGGCAUUUUCGGCUCCUUCUCCGUGGGCCUCUUUGUCAACCGCCUGGGCAGGAGAAACUCGAUGCUUAUUGCCAACGUGCUGGCGUUCAUCUCCGCCGGGUUCAUGGGCUUCUCCAAGCUGGCGGCGUCGUGGGAGAUGCUGAUUAUCGGGCGCUUCAUUGUGGGGCUCUACUCCGGCCUGUCCACUGGCUUCGUGCCCAUGUACGUGGGGGAGAUUGCUCCCACCUCGCUCCGCGGGGCGCUGGGCACUCUGCACCAGUUGGGCAUCGUCCUUGGCAUCCUCAUGGCACAGGUGUUUGGGAUCGAGUCGAUCAUGGGGAACUACACUCUGUGGCCCUUCCUGCUGGGCUUCACAUUCAUCCCAGCCAUGCUUCAGUGUAUCCUGUUACCCUUCUGCCCCGAGAGCCCCCGCUUCCUCCUAAUCAACCGCAACGAGGAGCUCAAGGCCAGAGAAGUGCUGGAGAAGCUGCGAGGCACUGAGGAGGUGGGUGCCGACAUGCAGGAGAUGAAGGAGGAGGCCAGGCAGAUGAUGAAGGAGAAGAAGGUGACCAUCCUGGAGCUGUUCCGCUCGCCGCUCUAUCGCCAGCCCAUCUUCAUCGCCGUCAUGCUUCAGCUCUCCCAGCAGUUGUCUGGCAUCAACGCUGUUUUCUACUACUCCACCAGGAUCUUUGAGAAGGCGGGAGUCUCUCAGCCAGUCUAUGCUACGAUUGGUGCCGGAGUGGUCAAUACAGCCUUCACUGUUGUGUCUCUAUUCGUCGUGGAGCGUGCUGGGCGAAGAUCCCUUCACCUCACUGGGUUGCUGGGGAUGGCAUUCUCAGCUGUCCUGAUGACAAUCGCUAUGGCACUACUGGACCAGCUGCCAUGGAUGUCCUACGUCAGCAUCGUAGCCAUCUUUAGCUUUGUGGCCUUCUUUGAGAUCGGCCCAGGCCCCAUCCCCUGGUUCAUCGUGGCUGAGCUCUUCAGCCAAGGUCCUCGGCCCUCUGCCUUUGCCGUGGCUGGAUUCUCCAACUGGUCGGCUAACUUCAUAGUGGGCAUGACCUUCCAAUACGUUGAGCAACUGUGUGGCCCCUACGUCUUCAUCAUCUUCACUGUGCUACUGCUGGGCUUCUUCAUCUUCACUUAUUUCAAGGUGCCCGAAACCAAGGGACGGUCGUUUGACGAGAUCUCAGCCGGCUUCCGCCAUGAGGCCGGACAGUCAGGGGAAAAGUACGCUCCUGAUGAGAUGAACAGCCUUGGGGGAGCCGACUCUCAACUCUAAGAUCUCCGACAACACCCCCAACCUCCUUCAAUACUACUGAUAGACUGGGUGGGCAACAUACGCCUGGGCAUUUCUAGUUUAGGGACGAGUGCCACUCCUAUAGGCCUUCAGAGUCCCACCUCUCCUGCUCUCUGUGGUAAACUGAUGACUGCAGUAUGCAUUGGGUUUCAGGAGGGCGCGAUGAGAGACUGCAAAUUCACAAUAGAGAUGUGUAGAGAUCGCAACGUUGUAUGUGUCAUUAUGGUGUCUGUGGCAGCAUGGGCAGCACCAUUGAGGCCAACUCUAUUUUAAAGUAGUACAUUUUCUUCUGUUGAUGUUUAAAAAAGUGAAAUGCUAUUGAACGCAAUUGAGAACGCAAUUGAGAUUCUCCCAUUGGCCUUCCCCACCCAGCUGACUACUUUAAAAUGGUGGAAGACCUCAAUGGCAAUGUCCAUGCAAAAAUUUUUUAUUUCCAAGUAGCGAUCUCUAUACAUCUCUAUAGUAUUCACAGGAAGUAGAGGCUCUCCUUGUAAACCCUUGUGUAAUAUUGGCAGAUAUCCAUAUCAGAGAUGAAAGAGAAAGCGAGACAUCUCAUAGGCAAAUUAUUUCAUAUCCGAUCGGGUGGCGCAAACGGGGGAGAGGGGAAUAAGUAGACCAGAGCCAGCUGUUAUAAAUGUUAUGCAGGUGAAUGAGGACCCAAAAGCGACUUAACAGAAAGAGUUUAUUCCAGUCUUUAACAAAAACGAUAAUCCUGGAUACUAUCACAGGUAAAGUCAAAACAGGAAAACUGAAACCCUC